UCCUUUAUGUUAAUGGUGAGAGUGGGUUUACUACAGACAAAGUCAACACAUUUACAGAGAAAAUACAAAAGAGGAAUCGACCCGUGGAAGACGCUGUCGGUGGUGCAGGACGGGACUGAGGAAGGAGAGGAGGCCCAGACAAUUUUCAUUAAGGACACUGCUCACUGCGCUGACAUGUCGAGUAGAAGAGUCACAGACCGCAGCUCGCUCACGAAAGCCAGACAGGAGAUUGAAAAACACGUGGCUAACUGGCUAAAGACAGCUGCCCAGGAGAAGCUGGAGAAAGGAACGUCCUGAUCAGAUCACGUUAUAACCCGAUCAUCCCUUAUCACCCACGUCUGAAGCUGAUAAGAAAUAGUUAAUAAUCUGUCCUCCGCCUCCUCCUUCUCCUGCUCAUCAUCUUCCAUUUCCUCCCUCCUGUUCUCUGCCCCUUUGCUGUCCAUCUAUAACAAUCUCACAGCACAGAGGCCGAUCUGUGUAUUUAUGUGUUGUGCUUUUCGAGAUUUUCCUCUUAUGUCUUUAUUUUGGACUUUGUGCUGAACAUUUCUGAUGUUUAGGCUGAUUGAGUUUUUAGAGGUUUGUGUUCUUAACAGCCAUUUCUCACUGAUUAAUUUUUAAAUGGUGCUAGUAAAAUAAAAUGUUUUUCGUUUUUUUUUUUAAUCUGAGUUUUGUUUUUGAAGUAUUCCUCAGUUGUCAUAACCAUUAAGUGUCAC